UUUCACCGGAAUCACUGCACGCCGCGUCCGCCUCAGCACGGUGUUUUUGCUGCUUCUGAAGCUCUGGUGCUGCAUUUUGGCGACCGUCCACAACAAUAGUAGUGGCUUGUGGGUCUGGCGGCAAAAUCAGCUGAUUAUAAGAAGUCAAGAGUGUUGUUUUUGAGUUAUAGGAGUCUGUAAGAACGAAGAAAAUGGCUGGUGAGGAUCGAGUAGCCCCAAAUGGACUAGAUGCAUCUUCUUCGCCUUCGUCGGUUUCAUCGUCUUAUGAUUGGAAGAAGCGCGUUUUUAUCCCGGCACUUUUAGCAGGGGUUGUUGGUUCUGGAGCUGGCUUGUUUUCGAAGCAUCGGACAACUCUCGGUCUUGCGAAUGUUACUGCUAGUUAUGCAGCUAACUUUGCCAUUGUCACUGGUUGCUAUUGUGGGGCACGUGAAUUUGUUACUGCAACUAGAAAAACUGGACCUGAUGACCUAUGGAACUCUGUAAUAGCUGGAUUUGGAACUGGUGCUCUUCUAGGGCGUCUGCAAGGAGGUCAACGUGGUGCAGCUAAAUACUCAGCCAUCUUUGCCAUUGCGGGUACCACAGCAGAUUUUGCUUUUCUGAAGCUGAAAUCUGUGUUGAGGGACUACAAUAAAUCUGUAUGUCAGGAAGAUGAGAAUUCACAGAAGACUAGCAGUAGCAGCUGGUUAAGAUUGCCAGAGUGGUUCCCAAUCCGAGUGCUUGAUGAGGAAGCCCUUGCUGCAAAACGGGCUCAGGAAGAGAAGUUCCUUGCGCAGCAAGCUAGAAUCCGAAAUCUAAGAAAAGAAGAAUCAUGAGAACUGCAAAUUUUGAGUGAGGAUGUAAAAGUUCUUGGAUUAGGAAAUAAAAGGAUUUCCGGCCUUCUUCCCAAGCUGCUUGGCAAUGGCUUCAACAGAGAUUUUGAAAGUAUUUGCUACUUGGAAAUUGAUUUCCAGACUCAUGAUCCAUCUGCUAGGCAUUCAAAUCAAAAGGGAUUUUUUAUAAAACAAAUUUCAAAUACAAGAGCAGAUAUGUAAUUAUUAUUUUUUGUGUGCAAAACAUUAUCAGGAUAGAUAGAUAAUUUCAGGUUUGAUAAUUUAAGUCCAAUUGCAAGGAUAAAUGAUAAGGAGUAAAUGUUUAUAAAUAUAGAAAAACAAUGGUAACAAA